GAAAACAGAAACCCAAACCGGUCAUGGAGGCUAGUUAACGACUGUGCGCCGCGCUUGCGAAUAGUAAUUUUCAUCGAGAUAUUGUGAUUUUACGCGGACGCCAGAUAUUCGAGAGGAAGAUCGCCGGUUUAAACAAAAAUGGGUGCAUACUUGUCAGAACCGAUCACAAAGAAAGUGUCCAGCGACCAAGUAGGCAAGAAUGUCGCGUUCGGCGCGAGUUCCAUGCAAGGCUGGCGAAUUAGUCAAGAGGAUGCACAUAAUUGUUGCAUAGAUUUCGAUGAAAAUGUGUCCUUGUUCGCUGUAUAUGAUGGUCACGGCGGACAUGAAGUGGCAACAUAUUGUGCAAGUAAUCUUCCAGAUUUUAUUAAACAAACAGAGGCAUACAAAAGAGGGGAUGUUAAACAAGCCCUAAUAGAUGCCUUUUUGGGAUUUGACGCUACGCUUGAAAAACCUGAGGUAGUUAGCAUUCUGAAAGAACUUGCAGGAACAUCCACAUCAGAUAAAAAGAAAGACGACUUACAAGAAUCUGAUGAAGAAGAAAAUGUUAAUAAUCUGUGUAUGGAGGCAACAAUGCCACUCGAAGAAGUAAUGGCAAAAUAUCAAUCAGAAUCGAAUCCUAAUGUAAAAAAUUUGAAAAAUGAAAAAUGCAAUAAACCGCCGUGUUCUGGGAGUCCUUUCUUGCGUGGUCGUAGAGGUAGAGAGAAAGCAACUUCUUCAUCAUCUGGUGCAGGAUGUUCGUCAUCUUCAUCUUCAUCUUCAUGGAAUACAAAUGAAACUGAUGUGAGUAGUUCCAGUCAACCGUGUGGAUCCACAUUGUCUAGUACGAUGGAAAGAAAAGAAUCUGAAUGUGCUGGGAAUAACGAGGCUGAACAAGUUCUUGACUCAACGACUAGUAAUGGAAACGUACAUGCAUCACCUCCAGUUGGAUCAACGGCAGAUGUGGAAUUGACAAAAAGUGCAGAUAUGCCUGACAGUUCUGAAGAUGUAAACAAAAAGGUUUCAAGCCCUGGAAAAAUUAUAUGUGCAGAGUCAAAUGCAAAUGAAGUAGAGGUAAAUGGUGCAGAAUCAAAGAGAAUUGGAGACGCUGACAGCAGUAAGAGUGGGGGUGACAAUGUAUCGAGUAGUUCGUGUACUCCAUUGGAAAAUGGUGAUGCAGGGCAGCAGGAACGAAUAAGUAGUACUGGUAGAAGAAGAAUUCAACCUGUAACAUUGUACCAUACUCUCUUAAAAAAAGAAAAUGAAGAUUCUGAGGAAGAUGAUGAUGAUGAUGAAAAUGAUGAAACAUUUGAUGGAGUUCCAGAAAGUUUUAGCGAUGAAGAUGACACAGAAGAUAUUGAUGAAGAUGAAAGCGACGAGGAUGAAGAUGAAGAUGAAGAUGGAGACGGAAAUAUCGAUGACGACGACGAUGAUGAUAGUGAGGGUCUUAUGAUGGAUACGGAAGAGCCUGGUUAUGACAGUGGAUGUACUGCAGUUGUUGCAGUACUAAAGGGCAAUGAAUUGUACGUAGCAAAUGCGGGAGAUUCCCGUUGUGUUUUAUGCAGAGAUGGCCAAGCAGUUGAACUUAGUUUAGAUCAUAAGCCUGAAGACAAACCAGAAAUGGAACGCAUAGUGAAAGCUGGUGGAAAAGUAACCGCCGAUGGCAGAGUAAAUGGCGGUCUCAAUUUAUCAAGAGCACUUGGAGAUCAUGCUUAUAAACAAAAUGUUGACUUAUCACCGCCAGAGCAAAUGAUCUCGGCACUACCAGACGUAACGCAUAUCACAAUCGAACCCGAAAGAGACGAAUUUAUGGUGCUUGCAUGUGACGGCAUUUGGAACUUCAUGUCAAGUCAGGAUGUCAUACAGUUUAUUCGAGCACGUUUGACAAACAAUUACGAGAAUCUUUCAAAAAUUUGUGAAGAGCUGUUUGAUCAUUGUCUCGCACCUGAUACCUGUGGAGAUGGUACAGGAUGUGAUAAUAUGACAGCUGUAAUAAUACGAUUUAAACCACCAGCCGAUGCAGUAACAAACAGUACCACGGCAGAAGUAUGCAGCGCUAAGAGGGCACCUUUGUCACCAUCAAUAUCUACAGACGAAAAUGACUGCGUUACGCAGGAAAAUAUAACACCCUGCAAGCGUCUUAAAACCGAAGCAACUAUAACUGUGGAUUUCUAACGGAUACUCGAUGGCGAUCAAUACAGUUACUUCAAAUAACAUGUAAAGUAUGUUAGCGCAGGCAAUUGGUGGCAGACUGAUGAGUUGGAGCACAUGAGGAUGAUAUUUGCAUUUUACAUUUUGGUAUGAUACUUUAAUAACGUACAGUAGAACGUCGAUUAUUCGAAUACCGAUUAUCUGGAAUAUCACUUAUCCGGACGGGAUUGUUUCCCAAUUAGUUCGGAUAAUCGACGUUCUGUUGUAAAUAUAUUUUUCUGUUGAAUACAGUUGAGCGUUUCUUUCAUUUUUUUAAUUUUCUUUAGAUUUAAAACCGAAUAAUUUUCAAACCUACUUCGUUACAUCAAUUAUUAACGAGUAGUGUACUAUACGGUCUAACGUUUUUAUAAUAUGUACAAAAUAAGUAAGGCAGUCGAACAUAAUUCUAUACGAUUAACAAAGUAAUAGAUGUUUCUCUUUAUAAAUACUUUCUAUAGUAAUGAUAAGAAGAUAAAUAUCAAACUAAAAUCAUUUACCAAGUCAGAGCCUUGUAAGAUUUUACAGAUAG